AUGGUCCAAGGGUCAAACGCACUAUAAACGCCAAGUCAGCAGCAGCGGCACCGUCCAGGCAACAACAGGUUGUGAACAUCUGAACAAGGACAACAAGAACAGGAACAACAACAAUAAUAUCAAUAGCAACAACAACCACAACAACAACAACAACUUCCCCUCCCCCACAACAGAGCAAGAGAGGCAGAGGGCGAAGACGCAGAAUCGACCAUGCACCAUCGACGGAACGGUGAUUGUCAGCCGCUGGUGGGCAAUGGCGCCUGCAAGGAUGCAACAGAAUCACCGACAGCAACCGAAGCAACAAUACCAGAAGCAGUGGCAGCAACAGCAUCAGCAGCAGCAUCAGCAUCAGCAGGAGAAACAGCUCCGCUUAAGGCGGCCAACACGCUGCCGAUGAGCUGUGGAUGCUACUUCUCGCUGGCCUGUUCGAUUGGAUCGAUGGGUUUGGCCUGCGGCAGUUUGUGGCAAAUACCGAAUACCACCGAUCGCAUCACGCUGCAGCGCGGUCUCUUUCUCACCUCACUGGGCUUCAUCUAUUUUGUCUCUCUCACCGAUUUCUGCAACAAGUAUCUGCUGGAGACGAAGCGGGGACAGCAAUUUCGAUACAAGUAUCGGCUCAUGAUAUCCGAUGUCCUCGAAAUAACCAACAAAAUCGUUUCGGCAAUUCAGGCAUCGUUCUCGUUCCUGGUUGGGCUCAUCGUGUGCAAGUCGACAUGCAGCAAAUCGUUUGUUUAUGCCUCACACUUUCUAAUGGAGGCGUACGGUUGGUUUGGCACCGCCUACUUUAUGUAUGACAUUUGGUCGAUGUACAAGGUGCACACGCAGAAGAUUGCCGACAAGCUGCACUUACUCCGUUUGACCAAGUCGCAGCCAUUUAGCAACGGACAUGCCCGAAGCUAUUAUGAUAAGGCCGGUGGUCGAUCUAUGCCCGAUUUGCGUACGGGUAACAACAAUGGCAGCACGCCGAGCACACCUCACGAGAUCUGCGACUAUGAUGGCGCCACUGUCCAGAUACCCAAGGACGGACGUUGGGAUUUCUUAAAGUAUGUGCUGACGCAUCCGGUCAUGAUGAUACAUCACGUAUUCAUUGGCACCUUCGGACUGCUCGUGGUCACGUAUAUACGCGGCGGUGGUCAUUGCAUCUAUAGCUACAUGUUCAUGAUGGAGUUCUCCACGCCAUUUGUAUCGAUGCGCAGCAUUCUGAGCACAAUGAAACUGAAGGAUUCGCGCACAUACAUUGUCAACGGGCUGCUCAUGCUGGCCACAUUCUUUGUGUGUCGCGUCUGCAUGUGGCCGUAUGUUAUGUGGCGCUAUAGCCUGGCCAUUGAUGCCGCAACCAUGUGGGCGGCGAUGAGCGGUCUGCCACGCGGUUGUCUCAUCAGCAUUGCCAUUCUAUUCUUGCCGCAACUCUACUGGUUUUAUCUGAUGGUCAUGGGUGCUCUCAAGGUGUUUCUGCCGAAGCGACGGAAGCGCUCAUCUGCGUUGAGUAAUGAGAUAGUGCCGAAUGCCCUUACGGCCACGCCCACCGCCACAAUUAAUGGCAUCAAUUAGUGCAAAUUGUCAACCGUUUGUUAAAGUUUACGAGACGGGCUCGUCGGACCGCCCUUCAGCAUAGCUUUUACCACUAUAUUUAUAUAUAUAUAUAUAUAUAU